AUGGACGAUCAAUUGAAGACAACAUCGACGUCACCCGAUUCAAUUUUUUCCGAGUUUUCUUCUCAUGAUUCAGGUAUCAACACUGCAACUGCGCCUCCGAUGUCGACUAUGUCCGUGCUUUCACCUCUUCGUUCGUCAAUUACAUUAGCUAAUAUGAGCAAUGUUGCAAAUUCAUUAGAUGAUCAUCACUUUUUCCGCGAGAACUAUAGUUCACGGCGAACAGCUGAUGUAAGCUGGUGGCAAUCAGACGUCGAAAGUUUGAAUUUUCAACUCAACGAACAAUUAUCGCCACCACCUAGCUAUUUAAUUACUGACUUUCGUACCAAUCAAAAUGUUGCUUCAUCGUCCAUAACUGAUGUUCUCGUCUCGCCCAUGUCACACAUGUCGACAUCGUCAUCAACAAUGUCAUUUAGCAGUAUCGGCAAUCAACCACCGACAAAUCAACGAUCAUUCCGACCAACCAUGAAGAAUUCAACUAGCUCAGUAACUGUACCGACUAAGAAUAUUCAUUCUAUGUCAUCUGCACAGUAUUUGUUACCAUUACCGACACCGUUAUCUAGCCGACAAACACUUGCUUCAGUCGACAAUAUUCCUUCCAUUCUCACCGACAACGAUCUACAACGAGUGCCACCUUCAUUCAGGCCUAUUUCUUCUUCUGCGACCUUUGGCAAUGGCCCUCUUCUUCAGUCUCAACCACAGCCUCAAGUCAUUCAUACUGCCAACCGAUCCAAUCCCAUGCCAUCAUGGCGAGGCUACUUGCCCAUGAGAUUUGAGCCCAUGACCAUGGAUCAGUAUCAGAUCAAUACUCACUUCUCACAGAAAGUCUUCCUCGGUGGUAUUCCACCUGAGCUCACCGAAGCUGAAUUGCUGUUGGUGUUGCGAAAGUUCGGCAAGUGCAACAUCAAGUGGCCCAAAAACGACGGACUCAGUCACAACAUGCCAGGUUUUUGUCAUGUUGUGUUUCGCGAGUCGCGAUCAGUGUGCGAGCUUCUCAAGCACUGCACCCGACAACAACGAUCGACCGUCGACUACUUUCUUCAUAUUCACAUGUCGCUAACGUCAUCAACACUCACAACAACAACGACAACAACAGCAGCCGGAGGUCAAUCUUCAUCAUCGUCGGGCGUUUCACUUCGACCCAAUCGACUCAAACCAAUUCAAGUUGUGCCGUGGAACAUGAAAGACAACGUGUUUGUCGUUCAACAAGAGAACAUUGCCGCCCUCGAUCCAUCCUACAAGGAUUGGUCACGAACAAUCUUUGUGUCACCACUACAUGGCAAGAUGACUGCAUUCAGUUUGGCGACGAUCAUGGCCAAUGUGUUUGGCUCGGUGUCCAUGGCUCAGAUCAACACGGACAAGUAUGGAUAUCCGACGGGUACUGGAACGGUGUUGUUCUGCGAUUCGCAUAGUUACAUGCGAGCAGUGGCUGCAGGUGCGAUCGACAUCAAGUGUGACUGUUUUCAUAAGUUGCUUGAUAUUGAUCCAUUCUUGCGUGAAAACGAACCGUGUGCAUUUUGUCCAUCGGUUGCUGACUUGUUCUGUCGAAACUUUCAUUGUCUUCGAUCGUACUGCAAACAAUGCUGGAUUAAUCGUCAUGGAUCAAAACCAUUGGCUGACCAUCAACCUGCUACUCGACGACAACAACCAUUACCGCAAAUUUAA